CCGCGCGCGCGCAUCGUUCCGUUCGUUCCGUCGCUGCGCGUUCCGUUGGGUUGCUGUCUCUCUGACCGUUCGCUACGCGUCCGUCGCAUCUACACUCGUCUCUGGUCGGUGUGUCUCUGUGUGUGUGUCAUCACCACGCCGUGCAUCUUGUCUUCUCUCGCUUAGCUUCACCGCUUUGAGUCGACGACGAUGGCCAACCAUGGACCAAGCUACGGCCUUAGUCGAGAGCUUGAGAAAAAGAACCAGGCCCGAUUCAGUCUUGAGGAAGCGAUAGAAGUACUGUUAUGGGUUGAAAACGUUACUGGACUGCCAUAUGCAAAUGAUCCGAGCAAAUGUCAAUCAGCAGCCGAUGUAGCAGAACUUCUCAAAGACGGAGUUCACCUAUGCAAACUGAUCAACAGACUCCUUGACAAUGGCAGCCGAGCGCCGUUCAACCCGAAACCGAGAAUGCCCUUCCAAAAGAUGGAAAACAUCUCAAAUUUCCUAGAAGCCUGCAAAGCAUACGGAGUUGCCGAGAUCAGCUGCUUUCAAACCGUAGAUCUAUAUGAGAAUAAACAAUGCUAUAAAGUGAUAGAAUGCCUACGUUCCCUUGCCGCUGUGGCUCAAGCUCGUGGAGCUGAUGUGGAAUUUCCACCCUGGGUAGUUCGACUAUCCCAUAGUCGUCCUCGACAGUUCCCGGAAUCAGUAAUGCGACGAGGUGAAAUGGUCAUCCCCCUACAGUAUGGAACAAACAAAUGCGCCAGCCAAAAGGGAAUGACACCGUAUGGACUAGCUCGUCAAAUAAAACCUGAUCCAUCUGGUUGAUAACUUCCACAAUCUUCUAUGAAUUAUGAUUAUGGAUUCAAUUGUGC